GUUUACAUUAGCAAAGGAUUUGAAUACUUCUUCCACCACUGGUAAAAAAGUAGACUUUUUUUUCCUUCCUUCCUUUCCGUACGUUUCUCAUGACUCAUCGGCUUUAUUGAUGUAUUUAACGCUAACGGCUUUCGUCUUGUCUAAAAGUAGGGUAUAUUUUAUGAGACCAGAAGGUAAAAGCACAUUUCCACUGGCUCGUUAUGGCACGCAUUUGCCUCACGCACGGCACGUCUUAACCGCAGGCUCCGCCCUCAGCCGAGCCGUAACUAGGUAACGGUCACCUGACUGGCUCAAAUAUUGUGUCGUCAUCCAAGCGGCAGCAAAGAAGGAGCGCCAUUUUGAAAAAAACAAAACAAAAACAAAAACAGCCAAACCUUCCACCAUUCACCCUCCUCUUGUUAGUUGUUGUGAGUUUGAGGAGAAAAGAAGAGAAAAGAGCAUGGAGCCACCAUCAAAGUGGUCUUAUGUAGAAACUCAGGCACUCAUUGCGGUGUGGUCAGAGGAGAAAAUCCAGCGUGACCUGCAGGAAUCACUCAGAAAUGAGAAGGUGUUCAGGGAAGUGUCAGGUCGACUGGCUGCAAUGGGGAUGUAUCACUCUGCGAAACAGUGCAGAGAGAAGAUAAAGAAGCUGAAACAAGAUUAUAGGAAAAUAAAAAGAAACAGAAGUGAGGCAACUGGGAAGAUCUUCAAGUGGUAUGAUGCUUUGGAUGCUAUCAUGAAUAAAAGAGCAGCUACUGCAGACAACACAGAGCAACAGUCAGCCACCAUGAUACUCGAAUUCCUAGUAACAGACGUGGGAACAGAUUUACCCACUACAAUAGACCUUCCUGGUAGCUGCACCCUCAUACCCUGCCCUACAGCACCCAUCCCAACACCCUUCCUCACAGAGCACCCAGUAGAUACAAGUUCCUCCUCCGUUCAACCAGAAGAUGCUGACGCUCCCUCUUCAAGCACCCCAGUGACCCCCAAUACAGUGCAAACUUCAGUCAAAGAUCACACAACCUUGUGCCGUUGGUCAAAAAGAGAAGUCCAAGCAUUGUUGACACUUUGGGCAAAUCCUGCCAUCCAAAAAGAACUCCUCCUCAACAUGAGGAAUGAAAAUGUUUACACCCGCCUCAGUGAAAAACUAGCUUCGCUUGGAUACAACAAAGCGCCAAAGAAAUGCAGGGAGAAAAUCAAAAAACUGAAGCAGGAGUACAAGAGGAUCAUGAACGCUAAUCACAGGAGUCGAAGCAACAGCAUCCGUACAAGUGUAUGGUUUGCCAUCAUGGAUGAUGUGCUCAGUUCCCAGGCUGCUGCAGCAGCAGGAGCAGCAUGUUCACCAACAACAGAGCCCUCACUGCCCACUCUGUCGCACUCCAGCUUGGAUGUGAACACUGAUGAUGAAACCCAGUGGUUGCCUGAUGAAGUCCAAGUGCUGAUGACUCUCUGGGCACAAGCAAACAUUCAGAAACAGCUUCUCACCCCAGCAACAAACAAAAAAGUCUUCACUUACCUCAGCAAUGAGCUCACUUUUGUGGGUUUUAACAAGACAGCAGAUCAGUGCAGGCUUAAAGUGGAUAGCCUCAAACAGGAGUACAAAAAAAUCAAAGAAGUGGAACCAUACAAGGAUGUUAAAAGUGACUGGUUUGCUAUUUUGGAUGGUGUCCUUAGCCCUGAUGGAGAGGCAUCUACAGAGAUGGAUUCAUUUGCAGUGCUGACACAAUUUAAAUCUCCAGAAGAUGUGUAUAUAGAUAAUACAUUGCGGGCUGUUUGGACAUCAGAUGAAGUCAAAAUACUGCUCACCCGAUGGGCAGAGGAGAAUGUCCAGGAGCAGCUUCGAUCGACUCAAAGAAACGAGAGAGUGUUCGCUCAGCUGAGCUCAGAGCUCGCCACUCAGGGUUUCGAUAAGACCACCAGCCAAUGCAAGUCAAAGAUAAGACUGCUGAAGAAAAAGUAUAAAAUCACGAAGGAACAGAAGGACUCUAAGAAGCAAAAAAGCAGAUGGUUUGUUAUAAUGGAUAAAGUCCUUGGUGGUCACAAGCGAGAUGCUGAGACCAAGCAAGCAGCUGAGGACACUGAUUCAGGCGUUGCACCUCUGCAGACAUCGCAGUAUGACAUCUCUGAAGCAGCAGAUGACUUAGGCGGUCGCUUGUCCUUGUCGUCAUUGUGUCUCCUGGUUCCAACCUUGCGUCUGAUGUGUGCCUUUGCGUGGCAAGUGGUCCAGUGUUGUAAUGUGGCACAUUAUGGAAAGGUGGAGGAGCUGGUCAGAAUGAUGACUGAGCUGGCUCCAGAGUUGCUGACUCCCAGAGAGAAAGUGCAAGUCCUGCUCAGGCUAAGGGCAAGGCGUGUGCUGAAGCUGUGUUGCAGUGAGAGCACAGCUAACCUGAUGAAUAUCCAGCCCCACAUGGAGGUCAUUCAAAACCUCAAAAUAGGCUCCAACUGUGGUCAGGAGGAAUUGGAGGAGUUGGAAAAUUCAAAGACAAACUUUGUGGAGGUUGUUCAUUCCUUGCUCGAGGACCCAGAGGAGAGAACUGUGUUUUUCAAGGAGGUCUUCCCCAUCCACUACGGCCAACAACAUGAAGCCACAUUGCAUUCAUUAGUGUGGAAAUUCAUCUCCAGAUUGGAUCAUCUAUUGCCUGUACUGGAUAUUAAACAGACUGCAGAGUGGCUCAGUACUGACCCGUCUGUCAUGGAAGAAUGUGGACAACUGGUUUUGGAACCUGAUCAGCUGAAGGCCCUGCUGCAUGUCCACCAUCAACAGUCAGGAAACACAAACAAAUGCAGCUCUGACACUCAGAAUAUGUUUUUGCCAAGGCUGUCUGUUUCUCACAAAGCAAACCCAAAACAACUCUUUCAGGAGCAAAUCAGCUCAAACUCAAGUGAAUGCAUGAGAUCUGGCUCGCAACAGGAAAUUUUUGCAGGUGACGAAGAUGAAGGACCUUUUUAUUGUAGUGAGGAGGAGGAGCCCAUUGAAGAAAACAGUACUGAUCACAAACCAGCUGUGGAGGACUGCGGCAACGGAAGUGAAGACCUGAAGUUGAAAGAUGAACAAAGUGAUGACCUAACAACUGUAAACUGCUGCGAGUCACACAGUUGUACACCUUUAAGACUGCAGACCUGCUCUUUGUGUCCCUACUCUGACAGAGAGAUGUCAGGUCUUCUGCAGCACAUCAGAAAGGUGCAUAUGAUCCAGGAACCCCACCAACCUCGCUCUAAAGAUCCCAGGAUAGACAGCGUCCCUCAACAAGUCAACAGAGAAAAGUGCUCUCCAGAGAUGAAGAGCACAACAAACACUUGCGACUUCUGCGGGAAAGUCUUUAAGGAUCUUUCAACCCGGAACAGCCACAGAAAAACACACACUCUGCCUUUCCACUGUGACAUUUGCGAGAAGAAGUACUCCUCCAAGUGGUCCCUGAACGUGCACCGUCUGACUCACACCGGCGAGACGCCAUAUUUGUGUUCGCACUGUGGCAGGGGAUUCAGGUCUUCAUACAGCCUUGGGAUGCACGUUCGCAUUCACACAGGUGACCGGCGCUACAAAUGUCACAUUUGCGGGAAGACUUCGAUCCAGCACCUGGCGAGACACAUGCGGAUGCACAAAGGGGAAAAGAACUAUCUGUGUACAGAGUGCGGAAAGGCUUUUCUCUCCUCUGGGGAGUUAAGGCUACACAUGAGGUUUCACACAGGAGAGCGGCCUUACACAUGCAAACACUGCGGGAGAGGUUUCAUUGCAAAGUGCCUGCUAACAGUUCAUAUGCGCCAACAUACAGGAGAGAGUCCUUACAGGUGUUCUUUGUGUCCGAAAUCCUUUCACACUUUGAGAGCGCAGAAAAGGCACGUGAAGAUACACUCUAACAAAAAGUCUUUCCAGUGUUUGAAGUGCGGUAAAAUAUUCCGUCAAGAAGACACUUUUAAAAUGCAUGUUCAAACACACAAAUGACAGUACUAUGCAAUGUUUGAAUUUAAAAAGUUUUAAGCGAUUGUAUGUCAUUAACAACCAGUCUGGUUUAAGAAAUAUUUCUGUCUUAUCUGUGAUAAGCUGAUAUUGGCUGAAAUCAGCUGUGCUAAUAUGUGAAACAGCCUUUAAUCUCUAUGGCCCAGUAAUGGAGUUGAGGAAUAUCAGCGUGCAUGGUUUAUGUUGUUGUAAUUGUGGAAGAUAGGUUGCUAAAAAAAUACAGUUACUGUUUUAAUGUAUGAAGACCAUCUCAGUCAAUGCUACCCUUCCAAACACAUUGUAAUUUGGUGCACAGACAAUCUUAAGUUUUUGUGUGAGCCACAGAUGUUUUACCUGGAAGUGUUUAUUACUGAAUAAAAAUAAUUGUAUUAAAAUUGACAAAGACAAAUUAAAACUUGAAAAA